CAGAGGCGCAGGUCAUCUCUCACUCUCUCGUUCUUUGCCUCAGAAGCAGCGGCAGCUCCGCCGAGAGACAAAGGAGGUGGAGGGAGGGAGGGAGGGAGGAAGGAGACCCGCAGAGGAGCCGUUGCCCCCGAGCCUUCUCUGCCGUUGACGCCGCCUCAGGGCAGGGCAGGACAGGACCGGCCAUGGGGAAGGAGCCCGACGCCAAGAAGGACGCGGCGGGCUGCGACUGCAGGCGCUUCCUCCAGAGCAACUGGCUCCUCAUCAGCACCAUCGUGGCCGUGGUCCUGGGCAUUGGACUGGGAGUUACUGUCCGGGAAUAUGGAAAACUCUCCAAUCUGGACAAAUUUUACUUUGCGUUUCCAGGAGAAGUUCUGAUGAGAAUGCUCAAACUCAUUAUAUUACCUUUAAUUAUAUCAAGCAUGAUAACAGGUGUUGCUGCUUUGGACUCCGGUGUUUCUGGAAAGAUUGGCUUGCGGGCAGUUGUAUACUACUUUGUCACUACAAUACUUGCUGUAAUCCUAGGGAUUGUACUAGUUGUGACUAUCAAACCUGGAGUAUCCCAGAAUGCUGAAGAUAUCGACAGGAUGGGCAGCACACCCGAUGUGUCUACAGUGGAUGCCAUGUUAGACUUGGUUAGGAAUAUGUUCCCAGAAAACCUUGUGCAGGCCUGUUUUCAACAGUAUAAGACCAAACGUGAAGAAGUAACCUCCAAAAAAAGAGACAAAAAUGGCACUCUCCCCACAGUAGACCCAUUGCCACCCAUAAUGCCAACACAGACUUCACAGAACAAAACCAAAGUGUACCAAAUAGUGGGCAUGUAUUCCGAUGGUAUUAAUGUGCUCGGCUUGAUAGUCUUUUGCCUUGUAUUUGGAAUUGUUAUCGGAAAAAUGGGAGAAAAGGGACAAGUGCUGGUGGACUUUUUCAAUGCACUAAAUGAUGCCACAAUGUACAUUGUUCAGAUGAUAAUGUGGUAUAUGCCAGUGGGUAUUUUAUUUUUGAUUGCUGGAAAAAUAAUAGAAGUUGCAGAUUGGGAAAUUUUUCGCAAACUGGGUCUUUAUAUGGCUACUGUACUAAGUGGGCUUGCAAUCCAUUCUGUUAUAGUUCUCCCACUAAUAUACUUAAUCAUAGUCCGGAAGAAUCCAUAUAAGUUUGCCAUGGGGAUGGCUGAGGCACUUUUGACAGCACUCAUGAUUUCCUCAAGUUCAGCUACUUUACCUGUCACCUUCCGCUGUGCAGAAGAAAACAACCAUGUUGACAAGAGAAUUACACGAUUUGUUUUGCCAGUUGGAGCUACAAUCAACAUGGACGGUACUGCACUAUAUGAAGCAGUAGCUGCUGUUUUUAUUGCACAGCUUAAUGACUUAGUACUAGAUAUUGGCCAGAUUGUGACCGUCAGUGUAACAGCGACUGCAGCCAGCAUUGGAGCUGCAGGAGUGCCCCAGGCAGGACUUGUGACCAUGGUAAUUGUCCUGAGUGCAGUUGGGCUUCCUGCUGAAGACGUUACCCUCAUCAUAGCCGUGGAUUGGCUCCUGGAUCGAUUCAGAACUAUGGUGAACGUUCUUGGCGAUGCCUUUGGGACGGGAAUUGUGGAGAAGCUCUCCCAAGAUGAACUGGGUCAGAUGGAGGUCAUCCCAGAAGUCAACAUAGCAAACCCUUUUGCCUUGGAAACCACCACACCUGACAGUGAGGAAACAAAAACCAAGAAAUCCUAUGUGAAUGGGGCUUUUGCUAUAGAUAAAUCUGACACCAUCUCGUUCACUCAAACAUCACAGUUCUGAAGCUGACUGAUGGACGAGGGGCCCACAUUUGAUCAAAGGACAUGGGAAGCCCCACUUUCAACCAUGUUCUGGGUCCCUCGCACUUCUGGCCCCAUAUGCUGUGCUUUCUCUUCUGCCUUGUAUUCAAGCUGGCACACAAAGGGAAGACAUGCAUUUCUCUUUCUCUCACCCGUCUCUUCACCUGCAACAACCCAAAGAACACAGUCAUUUUGCUCCCGUUGUGUAAGCUACCAGUGUUUUAUAUGUCUCCACAACUGGGAACAUGGGUACCCUUACUCCUCAAUCAUUUGAUGCAGGAAUAUCCAACAUGUUCAAAGCUGUGGAGAUUUCUAUAAAGCAGAAAUGUAGGCACAUCCUGGACAUAGAUAGACUGAGAACAUAGAUAAGCGCACAGAGAACACAGCAUUUGGGGACCCAACAUAGGUGAAACCAUGCAUCAUAAUAAACUGAGAUUACCCAGCUUCUCUGACAUCAACCUACUCUGAAGGAUGUCUUCAUAUAUGAAUUUUUUUAGCAAGCUUAGAGACCAAGUGAGCUCCUUUGGAUAUGAUGAUUCUAGAGUUUCCCUUAGCUCUGAGUUUUUCAAGCAUUUGGUAAUUGUGGGCAGACUUAAGAAAAAGAUACGUUGUAAAAAUAUGUAUUUCUUAAAAGUUGUAUCAUAUUCCGGAGGAUUCAAGGUGUCUGCUUGCAAUGCACAUGCUCAUCCGUUGGGACAAUGAAUUGAAAGAUAUGUUAUUUUCAGAAGCAUAACUCUGUUUUCCAUCCAUGGAUUAUUUUUAAAUGCUUCCACUUUUUAUUUGAAUAACAUCUAGGACAUUUCCCCAUAAAUGUAUUAUGUACCAGAAGAUUAAUUAUUGUAGAUCAUGGCAAAUAGGAAUAUGAGAAAGUCUCUGCAAUAAGUGUUCAUUUUUUUUAAAAGAGUGUGUAUGUUCUUUUAAAGCAAAUGAUUAUGGAAAAUGGAAGUUAUAAGAAGCUUUAUUAUUAUUUUUCCUAUGAUAAAUUAAAUCAAGGAAACAGCAGUAUGUCAGAUACUGUGACUAAACAAUUUUGCUGCAUCUUGAAAUUAUGAAAACUUUGCUUUCUUUAUCACUCCUCAUCUGAAAGUGACCACAAGUAUCUUGAAAUCUGCUAGUAUUUAUUAACUCUAGAAAAACAAAUAAAAUAGAGGAUGAAAGCCGGUGUUUCAAAAGCAUACAUCCAUUUACACAACAGGCUUUUCCUACCAUUUUGUGGUGGCAAAAAUAUGAAGCCUCGGACCUCAGAUUAUCCACCAGACACUAUAUAUAAUCUACCCCUGUAUUGUACAUAGAUCAUAGAGUUGGAAGAGACCUUGUGGGCCAUCUAGUCCAACCCCCUGCCAAGAAGCAGGAAAAUCACAUUCAAAGCGCCCCAUGAUAACAUAAUUCUCAAAUUGGUCAUAUGAGUUUGGCUUCUUCGUCAAAACAUUCCAUAACAUUCAACAUUUCAUCUGAUUCUUACAUACUGUUUAAUUCAGUGGUUCUCAACCUGUGGGUCCCCAGAUGUUUUGGCUUUCCAACUCCCAGAAAUCCUAACAGCUGGUAAACUGGCUGGGAUUUCUGGGAGUUGUAGGCCAAAACACCUGGGGACCCACAGGUUGAGAACCACUGGUUUAAUUCUUCCACAUCCAAAAUUAUACUUUCCUUUCACCUUCCAAAAUCCAUGUUUGCCAUCUCACUUGCAACACAAACUAAACUUCAGAGAACACCUUUUUUGUAAAUAAGCUUGUGUCAAAUGGGAAAAAGCACUUAAUUACUAUCAGAACCAUAAAAAAAAUUAUGUAGGAUUAGACAAACUCAAUGUUACACUUUUCUAUUCAAUAUAUAAGCCAGGAUAUGUGCCAAAGAACUAAAGGGAAAAUGCAUAUAGCAUACGUUUUGAUAAAUUGCACCUUAAUUUAAAACAGAGACAUAAUACUGUAUGUACGUAAAUAUUAUGAGUUAUAAAUGCAGUGUGCACAAAAUGUAAAUGUUGAUAUAUGUUUAUAUAAAAUGAAGGAGUGUACAGUGUAAAUGAGUCCUUUAUCUUGGGCACAAUUAUUUUUUUAAAAUACAUUUGUACAGCUUUGCUAUUGCCAGAGAAGAAAAAAUGUCCCAAAUCACCAGUGUUUGGCCUUUUAUUUGCAUUUCUCCUUUUUGUAAGCUAUCCCUUCAUCACUGUUUAUAUGAAGCCAGGAUAAGUCUUCAACUUAUCCUGGCUUUAUAUCUGUGUGGAGAUUGCAUCAGGGAACAGGCUCAUCUUAUGGGCUUUAUGUUCACCUCCUAAAACUAAGGAAGAUGAAUGGCAAAGCUUCAAUUCAGAGUAGGACUGUAAAAUGUUACAGAUCUGACUACUGAAUUUCCAUCUAACAACUCAACAUUAUCUGUUAUUAAGUCAAUUUGAUUAUACUCAUUUGUCAUUUUGACUCAUUUGUGUUGCGUAAAAUGCUGAUCUCUAAACAGUGAUGAACUGACUAGCCUUGCGGCUUAUGCCACAAACCUGAAUGAGAACUGCUUUGAAAAAGGAGGUUCAGGAUGACUUCUUCAAAUCUGCUUUGGCUGUAGCAAACCCAAGCAAUCAAGUGUAAAGCUCACAGUGCUAGGUGUGCAAGAAACAGCAGCGUUCUUGUGGUGUCCAUUUUACUAUUGGGUUGAUUGUUUUAGGCAUAGUUAUGUUUCUGUGAACUGCUGGGGGGGGGGAGGUUCCUUUGGGGAACAAAAGGCAACAUAGAAGUUAAAUCAAUAAUACUGCUAUAUCUGUUAUUCUUCUAGAUUUCUCAUGGUUAUGCCCAUGUGGAAUAAAUCGUGUACAGUCAGCAUCAUGAGCUAUGAUCAGCACGUAUUUUCAUUCUUCCUACUACUUGAGGUACUACAAAAGUAUAUGCAAUGGGUCACACGUCUACAUUGGCUCUGUUCUAAAGAAGCAUGCAGCAAGAACCGUGUACCCGCUGUUAUUAUUUUCCUCAGCAGCAAGAUCCCUGGGGUGUAAUGGAAACUGCUGCCUUUUUGUAGCAAAACAGCUCCCACUGAGAGGGCAGGAAGCUCUGGUGCUUGAGCAUAAGCACAAUGCAGGUGUAUGCGUGGGCUCCCUGAAAUAACUGGAAAAACACUUUCAGAUUACUGAUUCAUGCUCCAACCUUGCCCAGAAAUCAAAUACACAGGAUCUGAUCCCCAGUCUUCAGAUAAAUGUAAGCAGAGAUAAAUGUGCAAUUAUCAUUCAUCUCCACUGGAGAUGGUUUUAUUACAUAUAUUUCAAGCAGUAUCGUAUUUGUCAUUUACGCACAAAGACCUGCAGUGUGGAGCUAUGAAUUUUUCCGCUGGGAACAUAGUGUAUCUAUAGUUUGGCAUUUAGUUAUCCCCUUGAUAGCUAAAAUGUAUUAAUAGUUCUAUUCAAAACAUUAAAAGCUUACCCUGUUUGUGUA